AUGUCGAUUGAUACACAAUACAAUGCUCUUGCUAAAUAUAUUGAUGAUAACAAGAAAAAGUUUAUCGAAAGACUUUCCGAAGCUGUCGCCAUACCAAGUAUCUCAGCCGAAGUGAAGCAUCGUGCCGAUGUGAUAAGAAUGAUGGAAUGGGCCAAAGAGGUUUUUUAUUAUUUCAUUUUGCGACUUAUUAUUACUAUUACUGUCAUCAAUCACUAUUAA